AACCUCAAACCGCGGGACUCUUAUUCUGAAAGAACCAAGCGGAUAUACAGUUUGCAGCUUCCUGGAACUUUAAGAUGAAGUGGCGAGAUCCAGAUUUUAGAAUGUCUGUGUAAAGUCUAGCAGAACAAAGACGGAACCCCCGGCUCCGGGGCUGAAGGCGGGGGUCCGUCCGUGCUGGGUGGGGGCUCCGUGGACUGCAGUCGCGGAACCAAAGAUCCAUUUAAAAGCCGUUCGCCGUCGUUCUCGGCGCUGUUCUGUGUUCCCGACCAGCCCGCGGCUUCGACGUCUUUCCCGGAGGACAGCACGAGCCUGAAGACCUCGCGCGGUGUGGCUGUUGGUACGAUGACGGGUCAGGGAGGUGGUGGACGUGGCUGCAGCCCUGGAGGCUGAGGAACCAACCCAGUCCAGUCAGGAUGCACAUAGCAUCUGUGGGGGUCAGCAAGUUCUGCUUCCUGCUGUCGGUGGCGCUCUGCUGUCUCCUCCUCCUGCUCAUCCCGGCUCUCCAGCCGCCCGCUCGCCAGGUGGACCCGCCUCAGCCUCGACCCCGGGUCAGACCCCGCCCUGCUGGGGUCUCAGCAGGUGCUGGAAAAGGAGCUCCGCCCUCAAAGCUCAGUGGAGGUUCAGAGGAUGUACUCAUCAGGACCAAACUCCCCAAGAACAGAAAUGACAGUCCAAAGACGGGUCUGGGUCCUUUUUCCAGAUCCAGGCCGCUGGAUAAGUUGGAGCUGAAGGACAUUUUCAUUGCAGUAAAGACCACUAGGAAGUACCACAAGUCCAGACUGGAGCUGCUCAUCCACACCUGGGUGUCGCGAGCGAAGGAGCAGACCUUCAUCUUCACUGAUGGGGAGGACAAAGACCUGCAGCAGAGGACAGGAGUGAACCUCAUCAACACCAACUGCUCAGCCGCUCACACCCGCCAGGCUCUGUGCUGCAAGAUGUCAGUGGAAUACGACAAGUUCAUCGAGUCCCAGAGGAAGUGGUUCUGCCAUGUGGACGAUGACAACUACGUGAUCCUGCCCAGCCUGCUGCGCCUGCUGUCCUCCUACCACCACAGCCAGGACAUCUACCUGGGGCGGCCCAGCCUGGAUCAUACCAUCGAGGCUGCAGAGAGGGUGAAGAGUGACGGAUCGGUUUCCGUCAAGUUCUGGUUUGCCACAGGAGGGGCGGGGUUCUGCAUCAGCCGAGGGUUGGCCCUGAAAAUGAGCCCGUGGGCCAGUCUGGGGAAUUUCAUCAGCACGGCAGAGAAGAUCCGACUUCCAGAUGACUGCACCAUUGGUUACAUCAUAGAGGCUCUGCUGGAGGUCCGCCUGACGCACACGCACCUCUUCCAUUCUCACCUGGAGAACCUGCAGAAGCUACCUGUUGACACCGCGCUGGAUCAGGUGACUCUGAGUUAUGGAGGCUUUGAGAACAGAAGAAACGUGGUCAGCAUCGGAGGCUUCUCGCUGUCUGAGGACCCAACAAGGUUCCUGUCGGUCCACUGCCUCGUGUACCCAGAGACCGACUGGUGUCCAAAGCCCAAAGCUGGAGACAGGAAGUGAAGCUCAGCAGGACACAGAUACACGGAGAGGAGCCGCCCUCCUUCACCCAUCCCAGCUGUGACAGGAGGGAUGAAAGCAGACUGAUUCCUGAACAGAUGUGAUGCUAAACGUCUGGAUGAAGCUUUAGUUCCCACACUGAUCAGAGGUCAGGUACUCAUGACUCUGCUGGUGAUGAUGCUUUCCUCCUGGAUGCAGCAGCUCCGUGUGGAUGAUUCUUCUUGUCUAGAGAAGGAAGGGCCUCUUGAAUGUACCAAUGUUUCACAGCACCUGCAGACUGCAGUGCAGCAGCAAAAGCCAGAGUCCGUGCUAGAUUUAACUCCAAAGUUUGACACCUCAUUGAAGUUUGUCAACAGGCUUUAGACCUUUCCAUUUCUCUUCUUCCUUCUCAGAGAUGGUGUUUAAGGUGUUCCUUACAGGUUUUGAUGUGGAGUUUGACCACAACAAGGAGGAACCUGAGAUCCUGAGGACUGAAAAGAGCCGCAGUGUGGAGCAAAGACCAGAAAGCUGCUUUCAGAUCUCAGUGCGACUUGUUUGCAGAAGAUGACCAGCUUCCUUUAGUUGGAACGUUUCUUCUCCACAGUUCUGCUGCAGUCCAGAGGAGCUGAACUUCACAUGUCAGCAUCCGUGUCAGUGGUGGAGCUCUGCUCUGCAGUUACAGAUGACCAGGAGCUGCAGGCUGGAUCGUCUUCACAGCAGCAAACGCCUCAAAGUCCAGGCAGAAGCUGUGAGCACCGGAGCUGGUUCCACACUUGAUCUCCUGAAAGUCUCUUUAAAGUGAAAAGUCUCUUUAACCAUGGCACUGACAGCUAAUGUCAAAGUGAAAAUGAAGCAGCUGCAGUGUUUCCUGCAGCACGCAUGAAGGACAAAGAAAUGUUUGCUCAGCAAGUCAUUUCUGUUUAACUUAUACUGAAGUAAAAACACAUAAAUGUUCUUAUUGAGGCGGUACACAAAAACAACCAUUUUUGUUGCUAAAUUAAAAAAAAUAUGACUUUUUCUA